AUGCCCGAAGUUGAGGUUCUUGUCGAGCUUGGUGAAGCUCCGCGCUGCCAAAGGAGGGCUGCGAGAGCUCUCAAUCGCCUUCAGCUGAGCCGCCUGGGCCGCCGGGCUUGGCGUUCGUGGGCAAGGGGCUCUUCGGUGGGCCUGUCAGAGUGCUUCCAGCGCGGUGUUUGCUUCUGUGAUCCACAGGUGCUGUCUUCCGGCAGGCUGACAGGGCCACCGAAACUAACAAAUGGAAGAAAACCGUUUGGCUUACGAAAAGGAUGCUCAGAUGUGGAGUCUACUCUCCAUUCCGCUGACUCUGACGAGCAGGUUGAUGCCAUUCAUAAUGGACUUGACCGUUGUGCAGCUUUACUGAAGAAUAUCUUAGAAAAUGAAGCUCCAGGAAGGGAGACUAUUCAUAAACAACCUGGGAAAACAACUUCUGUUAGAAUUUAUUCCAAGCCUUUGGUAACCAAAGGAAAUAUUUCCAAGAAGAAAGGGUUGAAAAAAACCUUUACUUCUGCCCACGUCCAAAAAGAAAUUGUGCCAAUAUCAAAUAGAAAACCUUCCUCAUCCACCACACCGUCUACUGAGAAAGAACUUGCCAGUGCAGCACAAAAUCAGAUGGUUCAACCAAUUCAUGUGCCUUGUAGUCAACACUUUCCUGUGAAGCAUCAGAAACUGUGCGAGCAUGUGCAAACUCAGAUGUCUCUGCUAACUGGCCAAACACCACAGAACAGUAAUGAAAUUCCUACCGGUGUUCCUGUAGACAGUGGCAAUGAACGUGUGCCAGAGAUGGGAGGACCUGUAGUUUGUCCAGUUGUUUCUGCUGCUCCUGCUACUGCUGCACAAAUACAGCCCGUCACUGCUCUUCCUAGUGCGACCCCUUAUGUAGCAUCAGGUGCUUCAAGCAGCUGCGCAGCAUCUGCCUUCAUCCCGUCGUCUUCUGGCAGAGAGAUGAGCCCAAACCACGAGCAACAGACAAAGGAAGCAGAUUUGAUAAGGUGCAUACAAGCUCACCUGGCUCUGUUACAGUCACACGAAGUGGUGAACAGCAGGACUGAACAGAAGUGCCAUCAUCACUGUCCAGGAAAACACAGUGCUUCAGGCAACGAGGAGGAGGAUGCUUCUUCAGACCACAGCGAGGACAUGGUCAACGACGAAGGUGAAUCGAAUGUACUUGACGUAGCCCCAGUGAGACAUACAAGCUGUAAGACAAGUUGCAAAGAAAGUUCUACAAUCUAGGAAACAGCCCAUAAAGUUAAGACUGUAAAAUAUCUUCUGGGAGAGCUCAGAGCACUGGUAACAGAUCAAGAUGAUUCGGAAAUGUUAAGGUUGAUGAGUGAAAUAGAAGACUGCGUAUCAUUGCUCCCAGCUGUGGUGGGAAGUACGAAUAUACAAGCUGAGAUAGCACUAGCUUUACAGCCUCUCAGAAGUGAAAAUGCCCAGCUGCGUAGGAGACUAAGAAUAUUAAACCAGCAACUCGGGGAACAAAUAAGAAGUGAGGAGACACCUGAACAGAGCUCCAACUAUGAAUUGGUUUCUUUACAGUCCUUGAAUAUGAUACUGCAGAGUCAAUUGAAAGAGUCACUGAAAGGACUUGAGUCACUGCAUGCUAAAAAUGAAGAACUACUUAAAAUAAUAGAAAGUCAGAAAGAAGAAAAUAAACAUCUUGCAAAAGCUAUUCAAAAUCAAGAGGAAGAAUUGCUUGGAAAAAAACAGCAUUAUGACAUUCAGUCCACCAAGCUCAAGAUUGAAGUGGAGGAGGCUUUAGCAAACGUGAAGAGCCUUCAGUUUAAGCUGGAAGCUUCGGAGAAAGAAAAUAAGAUUUUGGGCAUAACGUUACGCCAGCGUGAUGCAGAGGUUAACAGACUGCGUGAAUUAACCAGAACCUUGCAGGGCAGCAUGGCAAAGCUUCUGUCUGACCUCACAGUAGACAACAGUAGACCGAAACCUGAAAAAGGUCUCUCGAAGUCUCUUUUGGAAGACCAUGAAAAGCAAAUGCAACCUGAUCCAUUUCCUGGGAGUACUUCAGUAAUGUCUUACCUUAAAAAAUUGGAAAUGGAUCAUAUUUUGCCAGAUGCAGAACUUCAGUUCCCAAAUAAGAGUGGAGAAUUAGAAAUACAAAAUCUAGCCUAUGAGAAGUUUGCUGCUGAAGGAAGCAAAAGAAACAAUAUGUUCUCAGAAGGAGGAACAUCAACUCCCAGAAUACUACCAACCUCACUGAAGCAAGAUGCAGAUGCAGUUAGUGAUUCUGGGACGUUACUGGAUGACCAAACCCAAUUAGAUGAGACUGUUUAUAUUCCAUUGUCUAGCAGUGCCUCGAAAAAUCAUCAGCCGAUCUCUGAAAAAAAUGGUGUGUUACCCCAGAGUAGAGGGACUCGUAAGGUGCUGGACUGCCACUGUGAGCUCUCAGACUCAGUGCAGCAGAAUGGGUGUGAGGUAUCAAAGGAUUCAACUAUUCUGGAUAAAUUAAGUGCUGGACACGGUGUGAAAAGGACUGUGGAAAACAUGCUUGAAGUUACAGGGGAUAAAGUGAGGCCAGAAGUAGAUAAAGCCCAAAUGAGGCCAACAGGCACGCCAAGUGGAGCUGCAAAAGACUUGGUAGGCAAACCAGACCGACCUCACUCUGACACAUACCCUUGUGUGCCGAUGCUGUUUCAGAAAGAGAUUUCUCAGAAAAAAAGCAGUGAAAUAUGUGGGUUUAGUUCCAUUUCAUUUGAUGAUGUAUCAAGGAAGUCUGAGUGGAGUGUAUCCUCUUUCUCAACAUUUACUUCUCGAGACGAAGAGGACUUUAAGAAGAGCUUAGCAGCCUUGGAUGCCACCAUAGCUAGGUUACAAAGAACUCUGCAAAAUAGCAUUAGGAAACAAUGA